UACGAAAAGCCACUAAUUAAUCCCCUUACAAUUCCUCUGCUAGAGUGGCGGUGGGACUAAACUAACAUGCGCGGGAGAACUAGUUUAAGGAACCGGCGCCAAAGAAGGUCGGGUUGUAACGGUAACCUCAUUUUAAAUCUCUUUCCCGUUGGUCUAUAUAACACCAACACACCCCCAUGGAAAGUGGGCCAAGAACUGAUGCAUUCCCGGCUGGUCUUCGUGUACUUGCUGUUGAUGAUGAUCCAGCUUGGCUCAAGGUUGUGUAAAAAAUGCUCAAGAAGUGUUCUUAUGAAAUGACCACUUGCUGUGUAGCAAGAGAUGCUUUGAGCAUGCUCCAAGAAAGAAAAAAUAGUUUUGACAUCAUAAUUAGUGAUGUUAACAUGCCAGAUAUGGACGGCUUCCAACUCCUGGAACAUCUUGAAGUUGAGAUGGAUCUCCCUGUCAUUUUGAUAUCUGUUGAUGGGGAAAUGAAUAGAGUUAUGAAAGGCGUCCAAAGUGGAGCUUGCGAUUAUCUUCUCAAGCCUGUUCGAAUGGAAGAGCUUAAGAAUAUAUGGCAGCAUGUCUUGAGAAAGAAAAUACAUGAGGGAAAAAACUCACAGGUGAUGAUAAGUAGAUCAUCAAAUGAGUUGGAUGAUGGGCAGCAACUAAAUGGAGGUGAGGUGAGUGCAACUAGAAAACGAAAAGAUAUGGAAAACAGAAGGCAUGAUGACCAAAAGUCAGUUGAGCCAUCAACAUCAAAGAAAGCCAGAGUGGUUUGGUCCAUAGAUCUACAUCAGAAGUUUGUGGACGUUGUAACCCAGAUUGGCUAUGAUAGGUUUUGCAUUGACGGAGUCUUGAUGGUUAUUCAUCUGACAGAAGCCAGGCCCAAGAAAAUUCUGGACUUGAUGAAUGUUCCCUGGUUGACAAGAGAAAAUGUUGCUAGUCAUCUGCAGAAGUACAGGUUCUACCUGAGUAAGUUGCGGAAGGAGAACAAAGUAAAAAGUUCUCAAGGGAUGAUGCAGCAGGAUUUCACCCGUCCUGCUGGAAGUUUUGGCUUUCAAACCUCAAAUCUGAUGCACCAAAAACAUGCAGCUAAUGGCAAUCCCAAAUACACAGGCAACAAUAUGCCUCUCAUAGACAAGGGCACAAGAUUCUGCCAUGAAGCUGAUAAGAAGGCUACAGCUUCCAUUUUGCCUGUGGAUCUCAAAGAAACUUCAGCAAGUAAUUUCCUUGACUGUCAGAGAGCAAAUGUUAGUUCUCAAACCAUUCUUUCCCAUCCUUUCAACCACCAAUCAAGUCAGUCAAAUACGACCACCCAGACGUGGAAUGAAGUCCUAAUGGAGCAACAAUUCAAACAGCCUCCAAAUCAAGAUCCUGAGCUGUAUGUUCUGCUAGAUGAUGACUUUAGCCAUGCACUGCUGUCUGCUCCACAACAUCUUCUCCAAGUUGAUCUCCAAUGUUCUGCUAAUGCUGUUGGUCCGGGAACUUCAGUUCCAGAAAGAGAUAAGCCCGGCUCUGUCAUGAUCAUACCUCUGUGCUCGCAAUCCAGAAGUGAUCAUGGCCAGAUUGUAGAUCCAGAGACCUCAGAUGCCAUCCCCAGCUUCAAAGUUGGCAUGAAAAAUCAGGUGGUCAAUCUGAAUUGCUUGAACGACUGAGAACCCACCCAACAACAGGUAUUUGCAGUAGGUGAUUCCUCCUUGGGGUCUCAAGUUGGAUGUACUAUUACAGAGAGUAUUGGGCUCCAGGACAUAGACCUAUUCAGAACUUUUUGCUGAACUGGAGGAGACAUGCUAUUAUAAUCACUUGGGGUUUAAAUGGAAUAAAGAUUGGGAUUCAAUUCAAAAUCCUGUUGUAGACCAAGGUUUAUUCACGACACAAUCCAAGGCCUCAGGGGUUUGCUAGGAACUGGAAAACCAGAGAGCAUUUUCUUUGGUGGAUGUGAUGAGAUUGAAUUUGAUCAUAAAUGUAGGAAUGUGUGCCAUUUUGAUGUAUAUAUGCUAAGCGUACUGCUUUAACUAAUCUACCUUUUUAACUUUCACGAUCGGCAGCACUAGUUAUUGUUGAAAUAUUCUCACUUGUAUUUCUAAAAUCAUCCUUUGGCAUAUUGCUUUAUGCCUCCUUUUUAACUAA